GGCUCUGACGAAGGCGACUAGGCCGAAACGUUAGUCGAAUAAAUGCUAUGAUUUGAUGUUGGCUCAAUCAUAAAAGCAAACAAUUCGAUAAGCCAAGAUUCAUUGAAAGUCGAACAUGGAACAUUAUGCUUAAAUCACUCAACAGUGGUGUUCUUGUUUCGAUUCCUUCAAUCGCUCGAAUAAUCGUCGGAUUCUCCAACCCAUGGUUUUCACAUACUCGGAUAAUCGCCGGAGAAACUACAUUGGACGAUCUCGGUGAAAUUUCAAACAAGGGCCCAGACGAGGAAAUCACUGCCACAGAAGGACUCUUACAAACUAUCGAGAAAAACCGGAACUCUCAGCAGCAAUGAUCACUGCGUGAAGACUACAGAAGCUUGAAACAAAUGUAUUGAUAAAGUGCGUCUGUGUUUUACAAAUAGUGAUGAUGGAUG